CUGUGGCUUAUGAAUAUUACCAUAACACCGACCAGCAGCCAUACACAGGCCUGGUAACGUGUUGUGUUUGCUGACAGUAGUUGAGGAGGUACGAGUCGGGGGUUACACGAGAUCAUAACGGUCCUCAAGACCACAGCAAAGUUUUUGAAGAUAGACUAUGCGAGAAGAGGACUCCUCCCCAAUGGACAGUGCGGGGAACAGUGAGGAGGAGACGGACCGUCAGCUGCCGAGAAGAGGCGCAAGGAAGCGCCGGGCAACCCGGAGGAGCGCGGACGAGGAGGAGGAAGGGGACGUGGAGAGUCCGAGCCCCGGGAAAAAGAAAUGCAGGAAGAUCUGUGACGGUGGAGGCAGUGGCAGCGCCGGGAGUGGCGGCAGUGAAGCCAGCAGCAGCCCGGCGCGCUCCUUCGAUGACCUCCAGACACAGCGAGUGAUGGCCAACAUCCGCGAGAGGCAACGGACGCAGUCUCUCAAUGAAGCUUUCACGUCGUUACGUAAGAUCAUUCCCACCCUCCCGUCGGACAAACUCAGCAAAAUACAGACGCUGAAGCUGGCGGCUCGGUACAUCGAUUUUCUAUGCCAGGUUCUGCAGAGCGAUGAGCUGGACGCGAGAGGGUCCAGCUGCAGCUACGUGGCGCACGAGCGUUUGAGCUACGCGUUCUCGGUCUGGAGGAUGGGGGGCGCAUGGUCUCUGUCUACUACGUCCCACUAGCCCGGCUGAUAGGGUUGGAACACCAAGAUUAUCCAGACUGAAGAACCGGUGGAUCAGUCCAAAUCUUCUGAUAGACUGAAACAGGUCAAACACAGUUGAGGCCCAGGCCCAGUCAGCCACUGCGCCUCAGGCCUCAGAGGAGAGCGGGCUUUUCAUAUUUUUCCCAUUGCAUGGACUGAAACAUUUGCAAGGGAGCACUUAGGAGAGGACAAAUAUGAAGAAAGGAGAAGAAAGACCACUGCGACUAUGAAUGUUGUAAAAACAAGAGAGGACUCUGUGGAACUGCUAUAUUUUGAACCAUGAGAGAAACAUGACAAUCCAUUCCACACAUUCCCUGUGACAGCGUCUCACAGCAAAUGAAGUAUUUUGUAUUUAUUUUUCUACACAACUUUGAAAUUCUUUCCCACUCCAAUAAAAAGAUAUUUAUUGUGGGAUAUCAUGGAAUGCUAAAUGGAUCUGGAGUCUGCUCAUUUUGAGUGUUGUAAAUAUAUAUUGUGAUGUCUUGAAUAAACAGAAUGGAUGUAUUUUAAACCUC